AUGACCACUGCUCACAGACCCACUUUCAACCCUGCCCGAGGAGGUAUGGGACGUGGAGAGGGAGAUCUCUCCAAGUUGUCCCAACAGUAUUCUUCGAAAGAUAUGCCAUCCCACACAAAGUUGAAAUAUCGUGUACCCGGACAAGGAACAGAGGAAGAACUCCGUCGCAGAGAUCUCCGCCGUGAACUCGAAGACAAGGAGGAAACUGCUCGUGAUAGAAAGCUUAGAGAUUCCAGCAGUGCCAAGAAGCCCAGACUUGAGGAAAUCUCUCAGGGUCCCACUGUUGAUGCUGAUGAUGAUGAACCAUAUGAUGAUGAUUUGGAUUCGGACGAUGAGGAUGACGAUGCAGAUAAUGCGGCAGAUAUUGCAGCCGAAUUAGAAAGAAUAAGAAAGGAAAGGAAACAAGAGAAGGAAGAGAUAGAAGAGAAGGAAAAAGAGCGUGAGGAAAAUAUUCGUAUGGAAAAUAUAUUGAGUGGUAAUCCUUUGCUAAACAAGGAUGAUUCUUCAGAAUUUAAAGUAAAGCGUAGAUGGGAUGACGAUGUAGUUUUCAAAAACUGUGCUAAAGGAAUCGAUGAGAGGAAAAAAGAGUCGUCGUUCAUCAACGAUGCUAUCCGGUCAGAAUUCCAUCGUAAAUUUAUGGACAAACUUCGUACUGGGAUUGACCAAAUGACUCUUCGUUUAUCCAGAAAGCUUAUUGUUUUUGUUGUAACAUUUUGCAGUUAUGGACUCUAUCACUCUAGCAGGAAAACCUUGAGUGGAGUUAAGUCAUCUGUUAAGACUGAUUGGCUAGAUAAUACGACACAUUUGCCGCUAUUCGAAGAUGAAACUGAAGCUAAGAACUUUUUGGGGGCUCUUGAUGCCAUCUUCAUGGGCUGCUAUGCUGCCGCUCUCUUUUUCUGGGGCUGGCUCGGUGAUCGUUUCAAUCCGAAAGUAGUAGUUGCAGUGGGGAUGAUAGGUUCUGCAGUAACUUUAACUAUGUUUGGUGCAGUACCUAAGUGGAUAUCAUACUAUAGCGUACCAUACUAUGUGUUCACAUACGUUUUAUUCGGAAUUGUCCAAGCUUGUGGAUGGCCCAGCGAAAUUGCAAUUAUGGCUAAUUGGUUCGGAGGUUCCAAUAGAGGGUUCAUCAUGGGAGUGUGGGCCGCCUGUCAGCCCGUGGGCAACAUAUUUGGGUCUAUGCUAACAGCAGUUGUUUUACCUUUUGGAUACGAAUACACUUUCGCUGUCAACUCUGCUCUUAUAUUUGUUGGUUCCAUUAUUGUACUAUUCGGAAUUGAUAGCAAGCCAGUAACUGGCCAUCAUGAGAUUGAUUCUGAAACAGGACACGGAAGAACUGUAACUGUAGAAUCUGAGGGCGAACCUAUUGGAUUUUUGAAAGCCGUCUUGCUGCCAGGAGUUUUGGCGUAUUGCUUAUGCAAUGCAUGCCUGAAAUUGGUAAAUUAUGCCUUCUUCUUUUGGCUUCCAUUGUAUCUGACUGAUGCUUAUAAUUGGUCUGAAGCUGAGGCUGAUCAAUUGAGUAUUUGGUACGAUAUAGGAGGUAUUAUUGGUAGUGUAGCUGGUGGAUACAUAUCAGACAGAAUGGGUUGUAGAACUCCAUUGAUUGUUUCUAUGCUUGUAUGUUCAUUAGGAGCUCUAAUGGUUUACGCUGAUAUUGGUGCUCAUAUGGUUUUGAAUGCCAUUGUUAUGACCGCGGUGGGAAUCACUAUCUCUGGACCAUACAACCUCAUUGUAGGAUCGAUAUCUAUCGAUUUAGGUUCACAACCAAUUCUAGCUGGAAACUCACAGGCUAUGUCAACGGUUUCUGGUCUGCUAGAUGGAACUGGAUCAGUUGGUAGUGCCCUCGGACAGCUCAUAAUUCCUCUUGUUCAAAAUUCAUUAGGAUGGAAAGCUGUGUUUUACCUUUUCAUUUCACUGAACGGAGUAGCAAUUCUUUGUAUUUUGAAGAAGUGCAUCUUGGACUUGAAGUCUUUACGUCGCUAUCCAACUGAGCACACACCUCUGCUCACUGGGGAGAAUGACCAUGAAGAUUAG